AUGGCGUCUUCUCAGGUUGGCUCUGUUCCGGCAAAAUUGUCAUUUGCAAAGGUUGCAGCCAUGCGUGCACCCACUUCACCAGCAUCAAAUCCUAAUCCUAACUCUACCGAGGAGAAAAAUAUCCGCAACAACGGGAACAACAAUAUCACCAAUCCACGGAAGAUUCCACAGGCAAACCAGGCACAGGCAGCCCCACCAGCCAGUAUAAGGAGAACAAACGAACCAGUCUUUGGCAGGAUGGAUGUGCAAACACAAUCCGACUAUGUCGCAGCUGCAAUUGAGGGGCUCUCUUUGGUCAAAGAUGCCGCGACAGCUGCAGGUGACCUUCACAGUGGAGAGAGUGGUGAAUCUUUGGAAGAUGACCAGUCACAUUUAUCAAACUCUUCCACAAAACAUCAGAAUUUUGACACAAAAAGCAUGGCAUCCGUCACGACCUUUGCCAUGGACGAAAAAGAGAGUAUUCGUCCUGAUGACAGUGCAAGUGUCAGAGCUGUAGAUGACGAUGAAGCAUCGAUUCCUCCGACUCGAGAAUUGGCCUUCCAUCGUGACCUUGAUCACCCGGCAAUGGCCUCUCGUCAAGGUCUACAUCCCGGCUCAUCUGGUGUUACAAUCGCUCCACGCCGUUAUCACACAUUGACCUCGACCAAUACUCCAAGAUUUGGGGAUUUGCCUGUGAGCCCUAUCGCGCAGACAGGUAUUUCCGAUGAGGAAUCUACCACUGGUCAUCAAAAUCCUGCCAUCGACGAAGCUCAUGAGCGCGCUGCGCAACUUCCCGUAGCACCUGACGAGAAGCUACUGGAUGCAUUAGCAACGCCAAAAGACCGUCUACCUCUUUUGCAACUGGAAGAAAAACUACUCGCCUUUAUCGCACAUCCGCGAUCCGAGUUCAUCGAUCUUCCGCCUCAAAAUGCAUUUGCAAGACUUCUUGCGCACAAGUUGGCUGACUAUUACAUGCUCGCUCAUCAUAUCAACGAGGAUGGCACAUCAAUUCGUCUUUUCAAGCCGACGUUGAUUACUAUGCCAACCCCAUUACACGUGCUUGCUUCGUCAAUCCCUCUGGGACCCACUCAACCACCAGCUGCCAUCACCAUUAAAGUCCUGCGUAGAGCUGGACUCGAUGCGCGCCAGCAGUCAAUUGGAGGAAGCACUGCAGCCAGUUCAUCGGCUCCGUCAAAAGCCACCUCUGAUGCUGGACAAGAAACCAACAGUGAAGAGGGCAUUACUUCGCCCUUGGAAUCUACACCAGGGAAAGAUAAAUCAAAAUUAACCCGAGAAGAACGUGAAGCUCAGUAUAAGGCAGCAAGAGAACGAAUUUUCGGUGAUUUUCAAGAACCGAUUCCCAGUGAGAAUGUCUCUACUGGAGAGCACUCGGCCAGUCUGUCGCGUUCAAGUUCAUCAAGUGGCAAACGCAAGACUCGAAAAUCUAAGACUCCAAAAGAUGACAGCUUUGAAGCUCGCUCUGCCUUCAUACCCAGCUACACCCCGAUGACCAUGCAGAACAUGCACCAACAAUAUCAGCCCCAGUACUCAGAGCAGACCUACCAAGGAUCUUAUCAGCCGUCUGAUCCAUAUGGAGCAAGCAUGAACUAUGGCACCACUCCUACACAGUCAUUUCCGGGCUACGAUGCCAAUAUGUCGUUCAAUGCUCCUAAUCCUUAUGCGACUCCUCAUGGUAACAAUCAGUUCAGCCCGGCAGAGUCUUGGGGUUCACUGCAACCCGCGGCGUCCACCAACUAUUUCAAUUACUCACAGCCUCAAAACAGCUAUCAGCAGAACAUCUCACCCAUGGGAGCACAGGUCAACAACCAAUACAUGCAACAGCCUCAUUUGGGUUUGCAACAAAAUCAACCAUGGUUGAAUAAUCAAUAUCAGAAUCCCUAUCCCCAACAGCCAGUAUCUGGGAAUACCAAUUCUGCUGGAUGGUCGGGAUAUCAAACCAAUUCAAACGUGAAUAGCUCUCAACCCUAUGCAUACGGAAAUUUGCCAGGCCAGAAUUUCAGUGGGAACCCCCAAUACAAUCCACAACACCCAGUGCCAGGUAGUUAUUCUAGAUCCUUGUUCAACCCACAGACCAGAUCAUUCGUGCCCAACAAUGCCCCGAGUCGCAACGGAGGUCGAAAUAGUCGAAAGAAAUUGUCACCAGCGUCAAGUCAGAAUCGAGUCACUGGUGCAUCCAAGCCAUUUGGCUCUGAAACACCUCUGAGCAAUUCCCCUUAUCCAGGACCACGCGGCUUCGAUAAGGGAAUGAGCCAUUCAUCCUCCCCUCAGCCCAAGGAAGAUUCUCUACAGCAGAAGUACGGCGCUCCCGCCCAUCUUCCAAAAAAGCCUCCACCAUCUCAGGUCUUUCCUUCAUACGAUAUGGAAAGUAUUAUGAACACUAACAGCGCUUCUGGUACGAAUCCGACGGCUGCCAAUGGAGGAGGAGCUGCAUCAAGUGGCGGCAACGCUACUGGCACAUCAUCCGCAUAG